CUGCCUCAGGGCUUCGAUGGCUUCGAUGGCUUCGAUGGCUCCUUCCCUCGCAUCGGUCGCCGUUCACGUGAUCUCCAUUGUGCUCUCACUCUGUACUGUACACUCCAGACGCUCAUUAUUGUUUGCUCUCUUUAGAGUUCCUGUAUAUCUCCGAACAUUAAUGCGGUGACCCCUCCUGUCAAUGACCAGGAAAACCCGCAGCAGUGAUUCUGCAGUGGAGGCAUUGCUUCAAUCAGAGAUUCCUUUUCACAAGAUUCAUGAAGCGAUGUCAUCUUCUACUCGCAGCAUUCUGAUUAUUGUAUGGCUAUGAUUCUGUUGAAUGUCGUCGGCUAUGCUGCGAGCGGGUCCCAAUCCCCCCCCGCAUUCAUACCGAGUCAUGCCAUUGGUUCAGGAUCUUACCCCGGUCAUCGUCGGCGUGGGCGAUAUCAAAAAUGCUUCCACCAAAGUCGAAGAUGCCCGUGAGCCUGCAGAACUCAUGCUAGAUGCGAUCCAUCAAGCAUUACACGACACUGGCUUGAAUUCUGUUGAGGAGCUUCGAUCGCAGAUUGAUAGCAUCGACGUUGUUAGGACCUGGACCUGGGCUUACGGAGAUCUCCCCGGCCUCCUGGCAGAGAAACUCAAUGUUGGACAGCCACCAAAACAUCAUUCGUAUACUGAAAAUGGCGGAAAUCAACCAGCUAAGAUUAUGGAUGAGGCUGCACGCCGGAUCUCUCGUGGAGAAAGCACCGUUGCGUUGAUCACAGGUGGAGAGGCUUUGGCUUCGUUGGCUGCAUGCUCAAAAACGGGACAUUAUCCACCACCAGGCUGGACUGCUCCGGACGAGAAUUUUGAAAUAUUCUCUCCAUCAGAGAGACGGCACAGAAAUAUCUAUUCAAUGGGCGCGCCAAUCCAUAUAUACCCUUUAUAUGAAAACGGCUUCCGAGCUCAUCGUGGACAGUCAGCUUCCAAGAAUAACGAGGAGUCAGCACGGUUAUAUGCCGAAUUCAGCCAUGUUGCAUCCGAGAAUCCUAUUGCAUGGAACUAUGGAAAAGCUUAUGAUGCCAAAACAAUUGGGAAUACUUCCAAAACGAAUCGAAUGAUAUGCUAUCCUUAUCCUCUACUCAUGAAUGCAUUCAAUAUGGUCAACAUGGCAGCGGCGUGCCUGUUAACUUCAGUAGACCAUGCUCGAAAACUUGGCAUUCCCGAAAAGAAAUGGAUAUAUGCAUUGGGCGGUGCGGGAACAAAAGAAAGCGACAUAUUUUGGGAACGGCCAAAUUAUUUCUCAAGCCCGGCGGUUUCGCGCUCUAUAGAUGAGGCAUUACUUGUUUCUGGCCUCAAUGCAGAUGCAGUCGAUAUCUUUGACUUUUAUUCGUGUUUCCCCAUUGUCCCUAAGUUGGCUUGCCGCCAUUUAAACCUCGAUCCAAGCAACCCAUCCAAGCCUAUCACCGUUCUAGGCGGGCUGACAUCUUUCGGCGGCGCUGGAAACAACUAUUCUAUGCAUGCAAUUACAAAUCUAGUCCGAAGGCUUCGAAAUCCAUCUGGCAAAGAAAAAGUAGCUCUAGUACUCGCAAACGGCGGUGUUCUAUCAUAUCAGCAUGUAGUCUGCCUAUCCGCAAACCCUCGAAGCGACGGACGAUUUUACCCACAAAAGAACCCUCUUCCGGAGAAGAUCACCGAUGUGCCAAUCCCAACUAUUGUAGAAGUUGCUGAAGGAGAAGCGGUUAUCGAGACAUACACCAUAGAGUAUAAUCGUGAUGGAUCUCCAAAUGAAGGAUACAUCAUCGGUCGAUUGAAAAGCAACAACUCCCGAUUCAUCUCCAUAACAGCUGACAAGCAGAACUUGCAGCAACUAGUUACAUUGGCUUCUUCCGACGAACCAAUCGGAAAGACAGGUUUUGUCUAUGUUGAAGAUCGACCAGAAAUCGACCAAAGUGAAAGGAGGAAUUUGUUCACUUUUAGUAGGAAAAGGCAUAUUGGCAGCACAAGACUUUAACGUUUCGAAACAUGUGAUAUCCGCUGUGUAUAGAAUGAUUUGAAGACGUAACGCUAUUUUUAUAUUACGUGAAUAUACAUCAUGGUUUUGUUUCUCUGCAUUUAACCAUAGAUCUCCCACAAACGAAUCUUUCCCUGCUGGUUUGCAACCGCUAGGUAGUUCGACUGGGGCGAGAUAGCAACCGAAGAAAUUCGCCCAAGAGGUGUAUUAGACGUAGGCCAAUUACGAUAGACAGUACAUGACGGCAAAUGAA